AUGUGGUAUUACUGCCUUGCUUGGGGUGAUUCCGAUUUAAAAAAAAUAUCUAUCUAUCUAUCUAUCUAUCUAUCUAUCUAUCUAUCUAUCUAUCUAUCUCAUUUUCCCAUAUAUACCUUGUGCCAGACUAGUUUUAAUUCUAAAAAAUAUCCAUUUGUUGGAAUACAAUUCAACACGCCUGACGCGUAUUUUCUGGUGUCCUCUCUCCCCGCCUCUCUCUCUCUCGCGCGCGUGCACACAUUAUCUCCCUGUAUCUCCCCUCGUUCUCUCUCUAUCUCACUCUCUCUGGCGUUCUAUCUAUCUAUCUAUCUCACGCGUUCUCUCUGUCUCUGUCUCUCAUACUCGCUUCCUCUCUUUCCCCACGUUCUCUCACUCUCUCGCGUUCUUUAUCUUGCACUCGCGUUCUCUCUGUCUCUCUCGUUCUCUCUGUCUUGCGUUCUCUCUCUCUCUUUACUUUCUCUCCCAGUCGCGUUCUCCCUCUCACGUUCUCUAUCUCUCACUCGCGUUGUCUCACUACCGCGUUCCAUCAGUCUCUUUCUCUUUUUAACUCGCGUUCUCUCUCCCCCACCUUCUCUCUGUCUCUCUCUAUCUCACGCGUUCUCUCUCGUACUCUCUCUCUCUCUCUCUCUUGCGCCCGUCCUCUCUUUCUGGCGUUCUCUAUCGUGCGUUCUCUCUCUUUCUCUUUCUCUAUCUGGUGUUCUCUCUUUAUCUCUCUCUCUCUUUCUCUGGUGUUCUCUCUUGCAUACUAUGUCUGUCUCUUUGUUUCUCGCGUACCUUCUCUUUCCCUCUAUUUCUUUCUUUCUUUUUCUCUCUCUCUCUUUCUGUAUCUUUCUCUCUAUAUCUCUCUUUCUUUAUAUAUCUCUUUCUCUAUCUUUAUGUAUCUCUCUUUCUCUCUCUCUCUCGUGUUUUUUCUUUCUUUCUCUCUUUAUCUCUCGUGUUGUCUUUCUGCUCUCCUCUCUUUCUCUCUCGUGUUGUCUACCUGUCCUUCACUCUCUCUCUCUCUCUCGUGCGUGUCUAACUCUUUGUCUAUCUCUCGUAUUUUCUCUCACUCUCCUCUCUAUCUCUCGUGUUGUCUCUCACUCUUACUCUCUAUCUCACGUGUUGUCUAUCUGUCUGUCACGUUCUCUCUCUCUUUAUCUCUCAUGUUGUCUAUCUCUCUCUCAUUCUCUAUCCUACGUGUUGUCUCCCACUCUCACUCUAUCUUCAUCUCUCGUAUUGUCUGUCUCUCAUUUUUCUCUCUAUCUCUCGCGUUGUCUGUCAGUCUCUCACUUUCUCUCUCUUUGCUUUUAUCUCUCGUGUUGUCUACUUAUCUCUCAAUGUAUCUCUCUCUUUAUUUCUUGUGUUGUCUAUCUGUCUCUCCCCUCUCUCUCUCUCUCUCUCUCUCUCUCUCUCUCUCCCUCUCUCUCCCCCCCUCUCUCUCGUUUUGUUUAUCUGGCUCUUUUUGGUCUUUAA